AUGUCGAGUCGAGCAGAAGGUUGUGGGCUAUGGCUUUCUACCAAAGAAAAAAGAUCAACUCAGCUUCCUCUGCAAAAGAGUGGAAAAGCAAAGAAAUCAAAACAGAAGUUUUUGUUGCGUGCGUCUUGCAACGGCCUCGACAUUCGAGUUUCGAGCUCUCCGCUUUCCCCAAGAUCAAGAAAGAAGUUACAAAAUGCUAAGCAGACUAAAAUUAAUAAAUACUUUCGGUCAGAAACUUAUUCAAAAGAUUCCAGGCGUGGUAACAUUCUCGAAGGUGUUUCAGAGCGAGCUGGCUGCUUUGAGGGAAAACUGCUGGCGAAAAUUUCAGUCAAGAGAAAACAAAAGGAAAAUACCUCUGAUACAGGUAAGUUAAUAAGAUGUAAGAAUAAUGGAAUAAUAUUUAUAAAUUACAAUCGUUUGCAUCCAGUUACUGUCUGCCCUCACCGCUUCUCCGCGGUCGCAGCACGCCAGGGGCCGGGGCGGGGGGGGGGGGGGGCACUUGGGUCAAUUUUUGCUGGGUUUCUUGAAGCCGCUGGCCUCUCAGAAACCUUACCCCCUACCCCAUUAUAGUCUAUCUCAGUCUAUCCCAGUCACUUUUGGGCAAAUGGAAUUUACUUUGCAACUUUUGGUUUAUGUAGCCUAGUAGGUCAGUCAUCCUAAAAUGAAUUCACACAUUUUUUAAAAUCCCUUGAAACAAAAUUUUUCUUAAUCUCAAAAUGCAGAAAAUGUGCGACCCAAUUCUAGUAACUCUUUCAGGGGCAUAGGAUGAGGUUUUGACUUGGUGUACGCACUGAAAGGAACACAAUUGGUACAUGUACUGCAAACUAGGGGGAUCCAGGGGCAAAGUUAGGGGCCCAGAAAUGCCAUUUCCUGCAUUUUCCACAGGACAUUUUUAGUAAAAAAAUAUGAAGGAAAAUGCAAUAAUUAGUUGUUUAAUGUAAAUCUCUAGUGUUCUGGGGUAAGGUGUAAUGUUUACGAAAAAAGGUAAAACUGUGAUGCCAUCAAGGAGGUUACAAUCAAAGGGCGAGAUGUGUACCCUUUAGACGGGUAAAGACAACAAUAUAAUGUGAAACAUUUAUCAAUCAUUGCAAUUUAGUGUUAAAAAUACUUUCGGGGAAUAAAAAAUAUAUGUUUUCCAGAUUUCAGCUGUGAACACAGAUGUAUGUGCAUGUAUAUAUGGGUGCUAUGCCCGUCUUUGAAAGUGUAACCAAAUUAUAGUCAAUCCAGAAAGUAGGACCCCAUUCAGCGGUACAUCCUUAUUAGCCUAUUACUGAGAGAGUAUAUAAUCAAACACACCUUUGGCCCUGGGGGAUAAGAGUGGAAUUAAAGCAACGGGGAUGCCCUUCGUAUGGUACCUUAAAGAAGAUAGGAGUUGUGGAUUUGUACUGGUUUAAACAGGGCUGCGAGCAGUCUCCUUUUGUCUUUUUCUUGAUUUAGGAGGAGAAAAGGGGCCCUGUCUGAAUCACUUCAAGCUUUUGAGGUUGCCAAAGUCACCUGAACUUCUGGACUAGAUGAUCUUGUUUUCUCUCAUCAAACUAGUUUUUGGAGUGCAAUCAUCCAUUUAUUGAUAAACCUAUCAUGAAAAAACCUGCUGUACCAAGUGCAUUGCUAUUAGGCCUGGGUUUGAAACUGUUUCCUGUCAACAUGCAGUGCAUGCUUAACAAAGAUCUAACUCAAUUCAUACAGUUUUUUUCUCAAGUUUGCCAAAUUCAAGGAAACAAAAGAAAAUUUCUGAAAGUGGAAAUGUUCCUCAAUUAAAAAAGAACCAGAAAUAAUUCAGGCUUGAGUGGGAAUUGAACCCUGACCUUUGCAACGAUGAUCAUCGCAAAGGCCCGUUCAAUUUUUUGAAGCUCAUUGGCAAAACCUUAAACAACCACUUUUAGAGGUACCCUCUCUAGUACCUUUUAGUUUCAAGGCAUUUUAGCACCCCAAGUCAAAAAAUGAGGCAAAAACUUCUGUUACUGAUUGACUAAUUCAGUUGCAGCACCACUCAGGGGUUAAAAUAAAUUUGAGUCUUGCCCACAAAACAAGAUUCUUUUAUCCUCUGAGAGGGCACUUUCAAACUUCCCUACUACAUGUAGCAUCACCAUUAUUUUUAUGGGGAAGUCACCCCCAUCCCCCUCCCCCCCCCCACUUGGAAUCCCCUUUAAAAUUUCGAGCAUGUGGUCUUGUUGAUGUAAAGAUAAAAAUACUCUACAUGUAUAUGUAUCCCACCCACUAUCUUCUGUAGGUUUGCAUGUAGUGUACGAUAUUUGCUCAAAAGCAACACCCUAACAGGUGCUUCACGUUUAAGGUAGCAAUGUAGCAGGUCACCCCAUUUUACAGGGCAAAUGCAGUGUCUUAUUCUACCUUCUUUCUCAGUUGUUUUUAGUCCCUGGGUGUUGUUCAAUAAAGGUUAAAGAUUUGUCUUAUGGUAGUAUCAAUUUAAAUUCAUAUCUGAGUGCUUACAAGAGCAUAUUCCUUCAAAUUGCUUUUUGCCUACAAUUUGAUGUUUGGACUCUGUUAUUAUAAAAUAACUAUUUAUAAUUAAAAUUGAAAAUGCUUUUGAACGAAACAACAAGAAUCCCAGGGCUCAAAAUAAUCUUCAAAGGGUUACAGACACAACAACCAUUCAAAGAUAUUUUUGCUCGGUCAAGUCUUGUUUCUGACCAGUCAUAUUAUUGGGAAAAAGGGUUCACUAAUCCUUGUGUAAUUUUCUAUUUGUGAAUGUGAUUGUGUUUUUACAAGGAGACGAAUUCUAAGAGUUACAGGUAAAAAUUUGACUUUUUGUCUAAGAAUGAGAGUGUGCAUGAUUGUUCAACAUGACCUGCGCGUGAAGUUUUUCGCUGGCUAAGUUGCCAUUCUUGCUGGACAUUGUCUGUUGACUGGCCAUUAUUUUAAGCCCUGUAAUAUAAACUAAAAGUUGACUCUGGGUUAUGAUGGAAAUUUUUCUUUGAGAAACUUAUCUUGUUUCCAGGGUCCUUUCUUGGGGAAAUUAUUUUGGUAAACAGCUGGGUCCUGAGUAUUAGUACAAUGUACAACCCCGGGAUCGAAAUCCUCAACAUCCCUCUCUGAAGGUGGCUGUCUACAAACUGAGCUAACCCUCAUGUGGUGGCUGACCUGGUUAUCAUAAUGCCAUUGAUAUCAUAGCACAUCUGGGUCAAAAUUUUUUUUGUUUCAUAGGGUAUUUGACAGAAGCACCUUCUAAUCAAGAAAAAGAAAGGGAUUGCUCCAAUGAUUUGAAUGUCAGUGGGAUAUCACAAUUGGAUGAGUCUUUUGAAGACUUUGGAGAGUGUUUUGAAACUAACUCAACAAUACAAGGUGGUUUAUUUGAAGACAGUGACUUUGUGAUAGCUUCUUCCGGCCCUCCACGCAAGAAAUGCCGGACUUUGGAAAGUGUUGAUAAUUUACCUCUAUGCAUAUUUAAAGAAGAAACCCAGUCAUUACCAGUGGAAAGUGAAAUGAGUCAAUCAUUUGAUUUCUCUCAGUGGAAAAAAUAUCAAAUAGCUAAAUGCAAGGAAAUUCAAGACGAAAGCUUUGAUGAAUAUACCGGCAGUCCAUUUACCGCAGCUUCAUGUAGCUGGGAUUUUUCUCAGUGGAAAAAAGAUCAAAUAGCCAAAUGCAAGGAAAUUCAAGACGAAAUCUGUGAUGAAAAUACCGGUAGCCAUUCUAGAGCUGCAAGAAGCUUUGAUUUUUCUCAGUGGAAGCAAGAUCAGAUAGCUAAAUGCAAGGAAGUGCAAGACGAAAGUUGUUAUGAUCAUACCGAUAGUCCAUUUACUGCCUCAAGUAGCUGGGAUUUUUCUCAGUGGAAAAAAGAUCAAAUAGCUAAAUGCAGAGAAAUUCAAAAUAAGCAAUCAGCUGAAUGUAGCCUUUGUACAAAUGCAAGUUUUGAUGAUUUGUCUCAUGGGAAAAGAGAUGCAAAAGCAAAAUACAAAGAAACUCAUGAUGUAAACUUCACUGAAGAUAGUCCUUGUAAAGAAUCUGAGUUUUCCGAGACACCAACAUUUCAGUUCACACAAUGGGCAAACCAACAGGUGCAAAUAUGCCGUGAAAUUCAAGAGCAAGAGGGCGACCCUCUUUUUAAAAAGCUUCACCAGCCCUAUGUACAAAAGAAGAGGUUAAGCUCGAUGGUAGGUUGUUUUGAUCAAGUGUCAGAAGAAGAGUCUGGACAUCAAGGACAGUUCUCAGAUCGGACCUUGAACCGUGAACGGACAUCUAAAGAAGAUGCUUGUGAUGAAAUUCAAGAAUAUGGCAGAAGUAAUGAUAGUUAUGACUGGGAAAAUGAAGGAUGGGAUAAAUGGACAGCAAGCAAAAGAGAAACUGAUUCUGUCACCGGCUCAUCGUAUAGUGACGGUUCAGAAUUUCAGUUUUCUGACUGGGUUAAGAGUCAACUACGAAAAUGUCGAGCAAUUCAAGAAGAAAACAACGAGGCAUUUUGA